GUUUAUUUUAUCAACAUGUACCGGAACCCGUGGAUCUCCAACUAUAUCAACAAUGUCAAGUUGUGUCAAGGCCUCACAGGAGAGUCUGCCUCUAAGGUUGUCCACAGCAAUCUACAAAGGAGAGCUCUUAGCUUCCAAAAAGGGUUCUCAUUUGAAGAUAAAGGGGAGGUAACCAAGAGCAACAGAGAAGUAGAUGUCAGUCUGCUGGCAAAUACAUCAAAGGUCUCAGAACUGAGGAAACGUUUUGAGAACAUAAGCACGAGCCAGAGUUGGGACAUGAACAGAAAAGAGCGAAUUGCACGGCGUCUGGAGGGUAUUGAAAGUGAAGUUCUCCCAAAUCUCCCAAGUUGUCCUGGUCUAGUGACCAAUCGGCUGCUAGAGGAGGACACUCCGAGAUACACCCGUGCAGCAGACACCUGUGACCCUUGCACAGUUUCUCUUCAGCACUAUGACAAAACCGACCCAAACAUCUCAGAUCUGCACAGAGCAAACAUUCAAUCCAGAACCCACACCAUCCACUCAGAGUCUGCCUACAGCACUGGCUCAGCUCAUAUGGCAGAGCUGGACUCUAAAGCCGAACGGAUUGCUCGCUACAAGGCAGAACGUCGACGGCAGUUAGCUGAGCGCUACGGUAUCUCUCUGGAUCAGGAGACGGAGACCGACUAUACCACUCGCUACUCUAGAACCUCCAGAGAGCCUGAUGGGUUAGACCGACCACGCAGGACAAAGGUGGAAGGGGAGGAGGUGGUGCAUAAUGUUUACACCUCUAGCUCUCAUGAAGAUAGGGCCAGCUCACACACUUGCAAAGAUCUAGAGUACAGCCGAGAACAUACAGACUCUUUCUCUGAGCGUGAGAGGAUGAUGAAUCUAGAGAACCAAAGGAAAGCACAGGAGAGGGAUAGAUUGCAUAGAGGUGGAGGGGUUGCACCAGACCCAUCUGCAGCAUAUAUGGAUGUGUCUGGGUCUGCCAGGGUCCCAGGGAGGGAACCACGGAUUAUAGGGGUCCCCACAUCCCCCAUUGGAGGCAGAAGGGUCACAGUGCCAUCUCCCAAACAUGGUGCAUCUCCUGGUGAACUGUUUAUUGAGCAGCAAACUCACAACAUCUUGCACAGACACGGUAUCCGAGUUAGGGAGAGAAUGGCCCAUGAAGAGCCUUUACACAAGAGUACAAAUAUGGGCUCCACAACAGAGGGUCCUGCAUACAACCAAUUUCCCCAAUCAUACCCUCGAUAUCAUCCUCACACUCUGACAGUCCCUGACACACCAGCCAAACGGCUGACCCACCCAGGCCAAGAUGAACGCCAUGAUCCAGGGUACCAUAGCUACUUCUCUAUGGGCAGUGAACCUGUUACCAGGCAUAAACAGGAGAAUGAGGAGCUUGCAGAAGUGGUGUGUAAGAGGGAGGGACAGCAGGAUGUGAGGAUGGAGGGUCUCCUGCAGAGCAGAAAGGCUGUUUUACCCUCUGAGAUUCUACGGAAAAAGAAGAGCACUGAAGACCCACACCACGGAUGUGCUGAGAAUGUGGAGGCAAGCCCUGGCAUCACUGGGCAUGGAAGGGAAGGGGUUGUAGAUGACCCCAGAGCGUUGUGUGGAGGUUGGUCAAGGCGAGAAGUGUACACCAAGCAUGUGUCCCGAAAGCCAGAAGCUCUGCACGCCAGAGAUAGAGAGGCCCAAAAGAGGGCUGAUGCUAGCCUCAGUCAUCGACAAUCCAGCUAUGCACCAGUCCAAACCUCUAUUCAAACCCCUACUGAGUCCUCCAGUGGAAGAUGGGUGCCAUGUUCAUCUAAACUCCUCACUCAUUCUAUGUUUGAUGCUGGAAAUGUCCAAAAGACUGUUUUUCAACCGAACACCAUCCAGGAGCCAAUCAGAGAGGUUGACCUUCAGGAGAAAGUGUCCAAUGGAGAGCACCUAUCACAUGAUGCCAUGGUUUCAGUGGCCCAGCUCCGCCACACGUACCUUGAAAGUGUUGCAAGCCCACGGAAAACCGAACUGGCAGAUGGCCUGCCUGCAAUUACAGAAGUACCCUGGAGAAGUGAGAGAGGCAGAGGUCAGUCAUCUCGUCGCCCACUGCGGUAUAUAUGUCCCACUGAGAGUAGAAAGACUUCUGAGAGGUUUAGAACUCAGCCAAUCACAUCAGCUGAAUGUGAACAGUCGGACCGGUCUUGUCCAAUCCCCAAACAACCAAGCCCAGAGGUGGAUGAAGAGAAACUGGAUGAUAGAGCAAAGCUGAGUGUGGCUGCCAAGCGCUCUCUCUUCAGGGAACUAGAGAAGACCUCAGAUGGUUCAGCAGUAAAAGCAUGGAGCCGCAACGCAGCAGUGGAGCGGAGACUUAGGAGAGGUCAGGAUCGCUCCCGCACUCAGCCUGUCACCUCAGAGGAAGUGGUCAUUGCUGCUACUGUCCCUGGCCAUUUGUCACUGUCCGUGACUGUACAAACUUCUGUAGCGCAUGUUCCUAGUCCCACUCUAAUCAACAGCUCUGUGACCAUGUACAGCUUGCAGGCAUCAUCUCAGCAGAGCUCCAUGGUGAGGGAGCAGGCCAGAGAGGUUCAGCUAGCUGAGGAGUCAGUCGAGAUGGAUCAAGCUCGCCAUGCCUCUCCUGGGGAGGAUGACCAAGAGGAGCCAGACAUCUCCACGCUCACUCUGGCAGAGAAGAUGGCACUAUUUAACCGCCUGGCACAGCCACCCAGCCACGGUCCUCUGGCCCGAGGAGACACUCGAGCACGCAGGAGUAACGCCCGCUACCAGACCCAGCCAAUCACACUAGGAGAGGUUGAACAGCUGCAGCCUGUGGGUGGAGGCCGUUUUGCAUUCGCCUCUUCCUCAGCUCUUAGAUCAUCCACCGUUUCCACUGAACACGCCGGUGACAUCCACCUGGCCACGCCUAAUGUUUCUGGCCCCGCCUACUAUGAGCAAGCCUUGUCCCCACCAUGCCACUCUCAACUGGCCCAAGAGUUCCAGACACAUCAUGGACCAGAUAAGACAUCGGAUGCCCAAGGCAUGAGGAAGAGGAAGCUCCCCUCUCCAGAAAGCAUGAAACAGACACCUCAUGCUCAGCCGGCCAGAGAGUGGGAGGAGCAAAAAGGGCACAAUAAGGAACUGGUGUCCUCUCAGGACCUUUUAGAAACAGAUGAAGAGCACAAGUCCAAGGCAAACAUGUCAGAUCUUCCUGUGCACACAGCCACAGUAUGUGCAGCGGUAGCUGUAUCACAGGGCUCAUCCUCAUUACGGAGCGCCUCUCUGACACAGCACACACACACAGAGUCUACCAGACGUCUCCCUGAGGAAAACAAUAGAGAACAGGAGCACGAGCAGGAGACAGACUUUAAAACAGAGGAGGGAGACAAGCUCUCAGACAUCAUGUCUGCCAGACAGAUGUCCAUCAAAGAGAGGCUGGCUCUGUUGAAGAAGAGUGGAGAGGAAGACUGGAGGAACAGGAUAAAUAAAAAACAGGAUGUGGUGAAGGUCGCUGUUUCUGAAAGACAAGCUCAGCUAUGGGAAGUGGAGCAGAGCUUCAAGAAGAAGGAUGAUGGCAUGAUGAUGAUAGAUGACUUUGCUGUGUCUGAACAACUCUGGGACACUGUUUUGUCCUCCUCCUUUUCGUGUGUUUCUGAACCGCUGGACCAAAUAGCCAUCCUCCCACAGGCUACCCCCCUGCCUGUGCAGAUGGAUGAGCGUCACCCUUGGAGAAGGAAGAGAAUGGGAAAUGAGGUGGUGGAAAGCCAGCAGAUUGGACGAUUAGAGAUGUCCAUUCAGGAACGCAAGCAGCUCAUCACCGCGCAAGACGAUGCAUGGAAGGUUAAAGGUCAUGGAGCAGCCAAUGACUCCACUCAGUUUACAGUGGCUGGUCGAAUGGUCAAGAAAGGUCUGGCAGCCCCCACUGUCCUCUCAAAUCCAGUGCUGUCUCCUCUGUCCUCUAAAAACAAGAAUGCCUCCCAUGCCAUCUUAAAGCCACAUGAAGAAAUUGAAGUCAGACAAGACAUGAAGCUCGAGUCAGACAAGAAGCUGGAAAAGUUGGAGUCAUUCCUUGGUCGAAUCAAUAGUAAAGUGUCAGGACUUCAGGAGACCACAAUUGCAGUCACAGAGAAGUCUGUUAAAGAGGUCAUGACCCUGGAUGAUGAGAUCUUUGAUAAGUUUUAUCGGCACACAGAGGAUAUGGCCAAGAUCACCAGCAGUCUGGAUAUCAAUGAUGAUUUUGACACCAUAUUUGGAAUGCAGCUGCCCAGGUUGACCUCAGAGAUGAUGCAGCACAAGCGAGCAGUACGGCCAACCAGGAACGUUCAGUCAUCCAGGAACCCCUUGAAACUCCUGGCUGUUCGGGAGGACAUCAGACAUGAGUACACAGAACAGAGACUGAACAUCGGUCUUCUGGAGAGCAGGAGGAUGAAACAGGAAAAGAUAAAUAAGAACAGUGGUUUCUCUGAAGUUGCUCUCGCUGGAUUGGCCAGUAAGGAAAACUUCAGCAGUGUGAGUCUACGAAGUGUGAACAUCUCCGAUCAGAGCUCCAACAACAGUGCCAUGCCCUACAAAAAACUCAUGCUCAUUCUGGUCAAAGGUCGUCGCCAUGUCCAGACCAGACUAGUUGAGCCCAGAGCUUCCUCCUUGAACAGUGGCGAUUGCUUCCUCCUGAUCACGCCCCAUCACUGCUUCAUCUGGAUUGGAGAAUUUGCAAAUGUUAUCGAGAAGGCCAAAGCUGCAGAGUUGGCCACGUUUAUUCAGACAAAGCAUGACCUGGGUUGCAGAGCCUCGUAUGUGGAGACCAUUGAGGAAGGUGCCAACACUCACUGUUAUGCAGCCAAAGAGUUUUGGAAGAUUCUUGGCGGCCAAGCCAGUUAUCAAGCUGCAGGCACCCCAGAAGAAGAUGAGUUCUAUGAGACUGCUGUUGUAGAGACCAACUGCAUCUACAGGCUUAUGGAGGAUAAACUUGUUCCUGAAGAUGACUACUGGGGUCGAGUGCCCCGCUCCUCCAUGCUCGGCUCUAAAGAAGUGCUGGUGUUUGAUUUUGGUAGCGAAGUGUACGUGUGGCAUGGUAAGGAGGUGACGCUGGCACAGAGAAAAGUGGCUUUUCAGCUAGCAAAGCACUUGUGGAAUGGUACCUUUGACUACACCAACUGUGAUAUUAAUCCUCUGGACCCUGGAGAAUGCAACACACUUAUACCCAGGAAAGGCCAGGGACGGCCUGACUGGGCUGUGUUUGGCAGGUUAACUCAGCACAAUGAGACAACUCUCUUUAAAGAGAAGUUUUUGGAUUGGAGUGAUGCCAAGAAGAAUGGCCACUUACAUGCUGAUGAAAACAAGGAGCUUCGGAGUGGGGAAUGUAGGCCCUAUGAUGUGACUCUGAUGUUGCCGAUGGUACGGACGUCAGUAAAGACCAUUUUGGAUGGUGUUAAUGUUGGACGAGGUUACGGAUUGGUGGAGGGUGACGAAGGGCGGAAUUUUGAGAUCAGCACAAUGUCUGUUGAUGUCUGGCACAUUCUAGAGUUUGACUACAGUCGCCUACCCAAACAGAGCAUUGGUCAGUUCCAUGAAGGGGACACAUAUGUGGUUAAAUGGAAAUACAUGAUCAGUACAGCAGUUGGCAAGAGGCUGAAUUCGGAAAGGAUUAUCGGUCCAGGGAAGGAGAAGUGUUGUUAUUUCUUCUGGCAGGGUCAUAACUCCACGGUGAGUGAGAAAGGAACAUCAGCACUGAUGACUGUGGAGCUGGACGAAGAGAGAGGAGCUCAGGUCCAGGUACAGCAGGGAAAGGAGCCUCCUUGUUUCCUACAGUGCUUUAAUGGAGGAAUGAUUGUCCAUGCUGGCAAGAGAGAGGAGGAGGAAGAAAAUGCACAAAAUGACUGGCGAUUAUACUGUGUCAGAGGAGAGAAACCGAUAGAGGGCCAACUGCUGGAGGUGGUGUGCCACUGCAGCAGCCUACGGUCUCGAAUCUCCAUGAUCCUGCUGAACAUUCCUAAAGCCAGCAUGUACCUGUGGCACGGUUGCAAGGCACAGACACACACACGUGAUGUGGGGCGGACCGCUGCCAACAAGAUCAAAGAGCUGUGUCCUCUGGAGGCGGGGCUUCACAGCAGCAGUAAAGUGUCCAUUCAUGAGUGUGAUGAGGGAGCAGAACCACAGGGCUUCUGGGAGGCCUUGGGAAGGAGAGAUCGAAAGGCUUACGACUGCAUGCUGCAGGACCCAGGAAAAUUUAACUUUACUCCUCGGCUCUUCCAGCUAAGCAGUGUUUCAGGGGAGUUUAUGGCAGUGGAGUUUGUGUAUCCGUCCAGAGAGCCAAAUAUGGUCAACUCAAUGCCUUUUCUUCAGGAGGAUUUGUAUACAGCCACUCAGCCAGCCCUGUUUUUGGUGGAUAAUCACCAUGAAGUUUACCUAUGGCAGGGCUGGUGGCCUCAGGACAGUGAGAGCACAGGAUCAGCUCGCAUACGAUGGGACUCUGACAGGAAGUGUGCCAUGGAAACUGUGCUCCACUAUUGCAAAGAAAAAAAUGAGAAGAAACCUCCAAAAUCAUACUUGAUCCAUGCAGGCCUAGAGCCUCUUACAUUCACUAACAUGUUUCCCAGCUGGGAACACAGAGAGGACAUCGCUGAGAUCACAGAGAAGGAAGCUGAAGUAUGCAAUCAGAUCAUUCUUGUUAAAGACGUCUUGACAAGACUUUGCAAGACCACUUACCCACUGGCCGAUCUACAAGCCCGUCCCCUACCAGAAGGUAUUGACCCUCUACGUCUUGAGGUCUACCUAUCAGAUGAAGACUUUGAGGGUGUAGGGGCUUCUGGGAAGAAAGCAUUGGAAAUGACAAAAAGUGAGUAUGAGGCAUUGCCAGGAUGGAAGCAAGUGAAUGUGAAGAAAGCCAAAGGAUUAUUUUAGAGGGAAAUACAUUUUAGAGUCCUUUCAAGAGGGACUUGACUGCACUGGAACUGCUGGGGUUGAAUCUGCAAGUGGAGAACUUUCUCAUUCCUUUUAAGUCAGACAGGACAAACACAAGCUUAGAUCUACCCAUGUCAAAUCACACAGGCAGGUGCAGAGGAGGAAGAUGAAAAAUAAAAAGAUCGGCAGAGGUUUACCAGCCUUGUGUAGUGCUUUUUCUUUUUUUUUCUUUUUUUUUUUUAUUUCCUGGGUUUUGUUUUGUUAUUUUCCCUUUAUCAGUGAAUCAGCAAAAUCGGUUGGAUUUUUUUGUGUGCUCCCUAGCUUGUUGUUUUCUUGUUUUUAUUUUUCUGCAUUGCUCUGUGACGACAUGACAGAAGCCAUUCAGCCAUCCCUUAUGCACAAUUAAGCCCUCAUACACUGCCCAGCUUUAUAUAAAUACCCAAUAAAUGAAAAUAGCCUUUUAGUAUUAUCUGAAUGUAAGGAAGCUCAAAUGUGUCCUUGACUUUGGGGGAGACCUUGUGUUACAUUAUGUAAUUUAUGAUCUUAACGUUCAUAUCUUCUCUCCUAAAUGGCCUCGAAAGUGUUUAACAUUACAGAUAGUUCCUUGAACAUUAAGAGGCCUGUAUGUAUAAAUGGGGCUGUGUUUGUGAAUCUGUACAGUGUCUCUUCAAACUGGUUAGAAUGAAUGCAAUUUGUGGAAUAAGAGAAAACCUCUUUCUAUUCUGCAGUGUAUAGUGCCUUGGCUUCAUGUACAGUUUAUAUAUAGACACAUGCUAGUCUGUGUUUUUAAGACUUAUUUGUGAUAUAAAUAAAUAUUAAAGCAAAUAAACACUGAAUAAUGUAGAUAAUUAA